UAUUUGUUGAGUUUUUCGAGCACGUGGUUUUUAUUUUUCUUUCGUCUCUUUUUGCUAAAAUCUCUGAAAUAUCAAAAAAUGAGUGCUCUAAAAACCGAAGUAAUUGUAGAAGAGAAUCUACUAGAAGAAAAUGCGUCAGAACCUGAAGAUGACAAUCAAUUGGGGGACGAAGGAGAUGUUUCUGCGUCAAAUUCUUCAGAUGACGAUGGAACGGAUAAGAAAUCCGGAUGGGCAGAUUCCAUAGCACGUGUCCUGGCGGAGGAGAAACCCAAAAACAAGACAACUUUGAUAUUUUCACGAGCAACAAAGCCAAAGGGAACGGAGAAGAAGAAACUCCCCUUUGAGAUUGAUGGGGAGAUUAAGGAAGUGGAGAAGAAGCCAACAAAAGAGGAGCUGGAUAAUGAGGCUGCUCAGCAAAAGGCAGAACGAUUGGAGAGGAAGCGCAAAAGGGAUACUCUGCGGAAUCUCAAUGUAAAACCAGAUGCCACAGAGAGAUCGAGGGAAUUGGCACUGAAGCGUGUGGCCACACGAGGUGUUGUGCAGCUCUUCAAUGCUGUUCAAGCACAGCAGAAGGAUAUCACAAAACGCCUGGAUUCGGAGAAGUUGGAGCACAAGCGAGAGAAGGUGCUGAAGAGUGUCAAUAAGACAGCUUUCCUGGAUGCCCUGAUGGGAGGGCCGAGAGCUAAAUCGGAGAGAAUUGACAAUCCUGUAAAGAAGGAAGAAGUGAAGGAUGAAGAAGACAGCGAAGAUGAGGACAGACCAUCAACGUGGAAUGUUUUGAAGGACGAUUUCAUGAUGCUAUCCAAGAAGAACAAGGACUGGGAUAAAAUGGAUGAGGAGGAAGAGGAUGACAGGAGAAGUGAACCGGAAGAGAGUGAAGAUUCAAAUGAAGAGAGUGAUUAACAAUUGA